AUGAAGACGAGCCGCCGCGGCCGAGCGCUCCUGGCCGUGGCCCUGAACCUGCUGGCGCUGCUCUUCGCCACCACCGCCUUCCUCACCACGUACUGGUGCCAGGGCACGCAGCGGGUGCCCAAGCCCGGCUGCGGCCAGGGCGGGCGCGCCAACUGCCCCAACUCGGGCGCCAACGCCACGGCCAACGGCACCGCCGCCCCCGCCGCCGCGGCCGCCGCCACCGCGGGGCACGGCCCCCCUGGCGGCGCGCUCUACAGCUGGGAGACCGGAGACGACCGCUUCCUCUUCAGGAAUUUCCACACCGGCAUCUGGUACUCGUGCGAGGAGGAGCUCGGCGGGCUCGGUGAAAAAUGUCGCAGCUUCAUUGACCUGGCCCCAGCGUCAGAGAAAGGGGUCCUGUGGCUAUCGGUGGUCUCCGAGGUGCUCUACAUACUCCUGCUGGUGGUUGGCUUCAGCCUCAUGUGUCUCGAGCUGUUCCACUCCAGCAAUGUCAUCGACGGGCUCAAGCUCAAUGCCUUUGCAGCCGUCUUCACGGUGCUCUCAGGCCUCCUGGGAAUGGUUGCCCACAUGAUGUACACGCAGGUGUUCCAGGUCACCGUGAGCCUCGGCCCUGAAGACUGGAGGCCCCAUUCCUGGGACUACGGGUGGUCCUUCUGCCUCGCGUGGGGCUCCUUUACCUGCUGCAUGGCAGCCUCUGUCACCACGCUCAACUCCUACACCAAGACGGUCAUUGAGUUCCGGCACAAGCGCAAGGUCUUUGAGCAGGGCUACCGGGAGGAGCCGACCUUCAUAGACCCUGAGGCCAUCAAGUACUUCCGGGAGAGGAUCGAGAAGGGGGAUGGGAUUGAGGAGGAAGACCUUCGCUUAGACUGCCGCCACGAGAGAUACCCGACCCGACACCAGCCACACAUGGGGGAUUCCUGGCCCCGGAGCUCUGUCCAGGAGGUGCCAGAGCUGAACCGCCAGUGCUGGGUCCUGGGGCACUGGGUGUGA